AUGUCGAUCUUGUUGAUCAUCCGGUCUUCGCCUGCUGUCUCUGCGUCGCCUGGUAUCGACUUUCUCUUCUGGCUGUUGACUGCAAGGGCUCGGGCAACACCUCCAAGAUGGCUUUCCCUUCCUUCGUCCAGCUUUUCUUGCUCGCCCUCUUCUCCUUCGCCUCGUCUGUUGCUGGGCUUUGGCUAUAGCUUCAACGGAAACAACAUUGUCGUCAACGCUGGAUCGGCCAACCCCCUGUACUUUUCCGUCUCCCGCUCCAACUGCGACAUCAACUCCAUUCGAUAUCGCGGUCAUGAGCUUCAGUAUCAAAGCCAGGGCACCCACAUCGGCUCCGGCCUAGGGUCGGCCAACGUACAAGUCACACAGCAGAACAACUACAUCAAAAUCACCUGCGAGACCCCCACCCUGACGCACUACCUGGUUGCACGCCAGGGCGACAGCACCAUCUACAUGGCCACGCACAUCGCGGCCCAGCCGUCCAUCGGAGAGCUCCGCUACAUCGCCCGCCUGAACUCGAACAUCCUGCCCUGGGAGCACCCUUUCGGUGCCGUGUCCAUCACCGGCGGCUCGUCCGCCACCAUCGAGGGCUCGGACGUCUUCCUCGUCAACGGCCAGACCCGCUCCAAGUUCUACUCGAGCGAGCGCUACAUCGACCGUGGCGUCCACUGCGUGCACGGCAACAACCCAGAGCCCAUCCAUGCCUGCAUGGUCAUCCCCCAGCCGGAGUCCUCUUCCGGCGGACCCUUUUUCCGCGACAUCGAGACCAACAACGGCGGCGCCUUCACCGCGCUGUACAAUUACAUGAACAGCGGCCAUGCCGAGACCGAACCCUACCGCAUGGGCCUGCACGGCCCCUACGCCCUGACUUUCUCGCGCUCCGGCAUCCCGAAGCUGAGAGAGGUCGACUUGAGCUUUUUCGCCCAUCUCGGCAUCCGGGGUUACGUCCCCGACCACGCCCGUGGUCGCGUCUCCGGCAACGCCUGGGGCAUCCCGUCGGGCCACCAGAUGGUCGUCCACUGGUACAACAACGAGGCGCAGUACUGGACCUACGCCAACAGCAACGGCGCCUUCACUUCCCCUCCGAUGAAGCCCGGCACCUACACUCAGGUCCUGUACCAGACCGAGUACAAGGUGGCGGAGAGGCAGGUCAGCGUUUGGUCCGGCGGCACCGCGUGGGCGGACAUCAGCAGCACGUACACGCCGGCGCAGCCGCUGUUCCAGAUCGGGCGGUUCGACGGGCAGCCGUUCGGGUUCCGCAACGCCGACAAGUUCCUGCGCAUGCACCCUUCGGACCACCGCAUGAGCAGCUGGACCCGGACCUUCAACGUCGGGGCGUCCCACGAGGGGGAGUUCCCCAUGGCCGUCUUCCAGGCCGUGAAUAAUAAUGUCGAGAUGUACUUCCACCUCAACUCGGCUCCCGGCGCCGCCGUCUUCCACGUCUCCACCACCUUGUCCUUCGCCGGCGCCAGGCCCCAUGUCAGGGUCAACAACUGGAGCGGGCCCAUCCCGCCCGCGCCGCGGAACAUCAACUCGCGCGGCGUCACCCGCGGCGCGUACCGUGGCUGGGGCGAGCAGUAUUAUGUUGACAUCCCGGCCGGCGUCCUCGUGGCGGGCCGGAACACCAUCACCAUUUCUGCUGCUUCGGGGAGCAGCGGCAGCACUUUCUUGAGUCCCAACUUUGUCUUUGACGCGGUUGCCCUGUACCGCAGGUAA